AUGAUCGAAAUCCGCAACUUUUACAACGGUGAAUUCCAUGGCCCCGUCGACGGCCGGUAUCUUGAUAGCUUUGCUCCGGCGACUGGCGAGGUGCAUGCCCAUGUUCCAGACUCCACCGAAGCCGAUGUCAAUGCUGCUGUCGAAAGUGCAUCAAAGGCAUUCCCAGCCUGGUCCAAGGCCACGCGACAGUUCCGGUCAAAAUGCUUGAGCCGACUUGCCGAUCUUCUCGAGGCCAGACUCGAUGAGUUUGCUCAGGCCGAGUCGCAGGACCAGGGCAAACCCGUCUCGCUUGCGAAGCGCAUCGACAUCCCGAGGGCCGUUUUGAACUUUCGCUUCUUUGCGGAGAACAUCAAUCACCUGGAGGAAAAAGCCACCGAGUUGGACGGCGUGGCUUUCAACUACGUGCAUCGCAAGCCGUGUGGAGUGGCAGCUCUGAUCGCACCCUGGAAUCUUCCUCUUUAUCUACUUACCUGGAAAUUAGCACCUGCACUGGCUGCUGGAUGCACAGUUGUGGCCAAGCCCAGCGAGUUUACGUCCGUGACAGCUUUCAUGCUAUGCUCGCUCGUUGUUGAAGCCGGCUUCCCGCCAGGCAUGUGUUUCGCUGCAAUCUAUCGCUCCGGCGUGGUCAAUAUCAUCUUUGGAAGGGGCCAGCCCGCUGGCGCAGCGCUGGUGCAGCAUCCCAAUGUGCCUGUUAUUUCAUUUACUGGGGGUACCGCCACCGGCGAGUCGAUUUACCGCAGCUGUGUCCCAAAGUUCAAGAAGACUUCAUUGGAAUUGGGUGGCAAGAAUGCCAAUAUCGUGUUUGCGGACUGCAGUUUCGAGGAAGCCAUCGCAGGGAGCGUCCAGGCGGCAUUCACGAACCAAGGCGAGAUCUGUCUAUGCGGCAGCCGCAUCUUUGUUGAAUCGACUAUCUUUCCAAAGUUCCUGUCGGCCUUCAUUGAAAAAGCCAAGCAAUUGCGCAUGGGCGAUCCGGGCGAUCCAAGCACCGAUCUUGGCGCUCUGGUCAGUCUCCAGCACCUCAACAACGUGCUUCGAUAUGUCGAUAUUGCCCGCAAGGAAGGCGGUAAGAUCUGGACUGGCGGUCAACGUGUCCAGAUGCCCAAGUUUGAGGAUGGAUAUUGGAUGGAGCCUACGAUCAUCACAGAGCUCAGUCCAAGCUCGACAUGCUGUCAGCAAGAGAUCUUUGGGCCCGUUGUGACACUGGUUCCAUUCGAAGGCGAAGAACAGGCUGUGGAGUUUGCCAACGGAACCAUCUACGGCCUCUCGGCCUCGGUUUGGACCGAGAACGGACGCAGGGCCCAGCGGGUCGCGCAUCAGUUGAAUGUUGGGACGGUAUGGGUCAACUGCUGGAUGGUCCGUGAUCUCCAUAUGCCUUUUGGUGGCGUCAAGAUGAGCGGGAUCGGCCGUGAGGGCUACAACUACUCGAUCCGCUUCUUCACCGAGGAAACAGCGGUGGUGCUCAAGUACUAA